AUGGCCAGAAGGCUUCUCGAAAGGUUUCGAGUUCGUGAUGACACAGAACACGGCUACGAGACAACAAAAUGGAUCAAUCCUGAUAUAGCACCUCUCCCCCCGUCCCGGCGAACCUGGGGCCUGUGGGCCUUCCUCGGGUUCGGGUCCAUCUCCAAUCUCUGUAUCUCAGCUUGGACCGGCGCAGCGUCUCUCUUGUCUCUGGGUCUCACCAUUCCACAGACCAUCGGCCUUAUGAUAAUUGCCAGGGUACUUAUUUGCCUGCUUGUCAUUGGAAAUGGGUGGAUGGGAUCGGAGUGGCAUAUUGGCUUCACUGUUUCUCAAAGGAUUAUUCUUGGUAUGAACGGCGCCUACAUCGGGCAGCUGAUCCGAAUCAUGCUUUCCAUUGUAUGGUAUGGGUCUCAGGCAUGGCUAGGCGGGCUCUGUGUUUCCGCAAUGCUCAGCAGCUGGAGCUACGACUUUUUAAUGAUGCGUAACACGCUUCCAGAGAGUGCUCAUAUGGUGACCAGAGACCUAGUGGGCUUUGUUAUUUUUCACCUCAUUUCAGUCCCCUUUCUUUUCAUCAGGGUUGAGAAAGCGAAAAUACCAGUCAUUAUUGCCAAUCUGAUAGUUUUCGUCGCCAUGAUGGGCAUCACGAUUUGGGCAUGCAAUACUGGCGGUACGGGUCCCUUAUUUGAGACAGGGGCAAAACAGGCUUCCAUGCUUAGCAAGGAAUGGGCUUGGGUUUACGGCAUCAUUGCUUCAGUGGGCAACAUUUCUGCCGGCAUUCUCAAUCAGAGUGACUUUACCCGUUUUGCGCGCAGACAGGGUAUCCAAGUUCCCGGAAUCGUCUUUUCUCUUUUUAUUCCUGGAAUGAUCGUCCCCAUUUUCGCAAUCUUAACGGCCUCUGCCUCAAUGGCAAUUUGGGAGUUGGAGGAACCGAUGUGGAAUCCCUUGACGGUCAUCACACAGUGGAUGAUGGAUGAUUACAACUCACAGUCCCGAGCCGGUGCUUUCUUUUGCAGUCUUGGUUUUGUCCUCGGCCAGGUUGCUGAAAACAUUCUCGGCAACGGAUAUGCUGCCGGCAUGGAUCUCGCAGGUCUCGUUCCAACUUGGAUCACUAUUAGACGCGGUGCGCUUUUGGCAGCUGCACUCUCGUGGGCAGUUCAGCCAUGGGAGUUCUACAAUACUGCGAGCGUUUUCGUAGCCGUGGCAGCCAGCUUUUCUGUUUUCAUGGGGCCGUUGACAGGCAUCAUGAUGACCGACUACUUCAUUAUCCGCCGUCAAAAGAUCGAAGUCAGCCAGCUGUACACUGGCUCAAAAGAUGGUGCUUAUUGGUACUUCUAUGGCUUCAAUUGGAGAGCAUUCGUCGCAUGGGUUGUCUGUUUCGUUCCCGCCAUGCCUGGAAUGAUUGCGGCAGUCAACCCGGGUGUCAGGAUCAAUGAUGGGCUCUACAAGUACUACCUUGGCAACUACAUCUUUGGGUUUCUGGAGGCUGGAACACUCUACGCAAUUUUGACCUUUGCUUUCAAGCCACCGCGACUUGGCUACCAAGACCAUAUCGACAUUUAUGGGGCAUUUGAGGACAACGUUGCCGUCAAAAAGGGUAUGGCGCCGUUUGAAAAUCCAAAGACAGUGAAUGGACCUGUAGAGGUCAUACCAGUAGAUAAAGGAGACAAUACAAGGGCUUAG